CUGUGAGAUUCCAUCAAACAGUUACGUGGAAUUUGUCCGUGUGAUUUGGCCCGGUGGUCUGACCUCGUUUAAACACGGACCGGGUGAGCUUGCCAGCCUCGCCACAAUCCCGGACCCGUUAAGUGCGGACACGGAGGCCGAGGAGACUGGUGGAGUGCCAGUGAUCGCGGGCCCAUCCGGAACUGGAGUGGCUGGGACUGGGGUGAACAAUGUGUGGGAUGUGUUUCAUCGGACCAUAUUGAGUCCGAAACGAAAUGUGACGGAAAUUGUGGCCCGAUUUCGUGAGGAUUUGGCCCGUGCAUUGCAUGCCACGAAACACACGUGA